AUGACUCUUACUGAUCAACAAUUACGUCAAGAAUUAAUAAAUUAUGGUGAAACUGUACCACCAAUUACUCAACGCAAUCGUGAACAACUUCGUGCUCGGCUUGAAAUUCUUCAAUCACAAACACGAACACGUACUUCUGCUUCACCAUCACGUUCUCAAGCUGCUGCUUCACCAUCGCGAUCUCAACUUGCUGCUUCUCCAUCACGUACAACACGUACCAGUAGCGCUGCUGCUUCUGCUUCACCAUCACGACCUCCUGCUGCUGCUUCUCCAUCACGAAUGACACGUGCUACUGCUUCUCCAUCACGCACAACACGUAGUGCUGCUUCACCAUCACGAUCACUUGCUACGAGUUCACCAUCACGUAUCCGUUCAAGUGCAACAACAACUACUACAGUAGCAUCACGUCCAACAACUCGAUCACAACAACCAUCGAAUCUUAUUGAAUUGAGUGAUUCAGAAACAGAUUCAUCAUCAACUGGUGUUCUUAUGUCAAGAUCACUUCGUAGUGGACAAACAACACCUAAUGUGCAAACACGUUCAAUUGCAUUACGUCGUCAAAACGAUUCACCGACUGGAAUACCAUCAAUAACUGAUAUAGCAGGUUCAGGAAAUAUAACUGAUGAUGUUGAACAAUCGAUUGCUCGGCAUCGUCGUGAAAUAAAACAAUUACUUGAUUCAGCACGUGAUCGAAAUCGUGCAACUAAUACAAGCAUUUCUUCUUUACAUUCGGCCGAACAUCAAGAACAAAUAGGAACACCAAUUCAUCCAAGUUCGAAAUCACGUACUCAUCAACAACCAUCAAAAACCGAUGAUGAUGAUGAUGAUGAUAAUAACGCGAAAGUUAAACGAUCACCAAAAUCUGAUAAAGAUGAAGAGAAAAAAUCAUCAUUUAAACAUAUACGAAAACCAAUUGGAUCAUUUUUGGGAAAAAAUUCAGAUUUUAUAAAAAAUAUUUUAAAAAUUUUACUUGUUAGUUCCAUUCUCAUUGGUGGAGUCAGUUUUUUAGUACAAUACUAUGCUGAAUUUUUGCCACGUACUAAAGAAAUAAAUUGUGCGGUUGAGAAUGUUACUACAUGUGAAGAUAUGAAACCAUUAAUUGCUGCUGUACGAAAACAAUUACAAAUUCGAACUGGUGAAGUGGAUUGUGGUUUUCGUCCUAGUAAUGAUAUUUUGGUCAAGAGAUCUGAAAUCGAAAAAAAUUUAAACGAAAAAGGACUAAAAUUUACUUUGGGUGAUGAAGAACGAUGGAAUGCAUUAGUUAUGUAUAUUUUGACUACGCCAUCAAAAGAUAUAUUAGUAUGGAAUGAAGCAAAUAAAGAAACGAAAAAUCCUACUGAAGCAAGAAAAUUAAGUACACCAGAAGCAGUACGCGCAUUAACAUGUCGCGCUCGACAAGAUAUUAGUAAUACAUUAAGAAACUUUAUUUUACUUGUGUUAGGAUCUACUGGUCUUUUAACAUUAGCUUGGUAUCUUCAAAAACAAUCGAAAGCACAUCAAGACAAUGAAAGAACAUACAAUAAUCUUCUUGAAAAAGCAACUAAACUACUUGAAGAACAAUAUGAAAAACAUAUUCAAGAUCCUAAUGCACAACCAUGGCUUGCUAUAAGUCAUAUUCGUGAAAAACUUAUUUCAAAAGAAGAUCAAGAUAAAUUAAAAAAUAUUUGGGAACGUGUUAAAAAACAAUUAACGAAAGAAAAAUCACGAAUUAGUUCUGAAACACAAGAAAUCAAUGGUGAACAUUUUGAUGUUUGGCGAUGGUUAAAAUUAUCACCAAAAAAAAAUAAAUCGGAACCUGUAAAUAUUUCAAAUGAAGAAAAUAAUGCUUUUAUUACAUCUGAAGUAGGCCUUACUGAAUGUCUUAAAUUACGUAAUUGCUUUCGUUCGGAUAAUUAUGCUGAUGAUGAUGAAAUCGAUCAUGUUAUUGAAAGUAUUCGAAGUCGAUGUGCUAAUAUAAAACGAAUUGAACAUAUUGGAAUCCAUUCGGUUUUUGUUUAUUUAAAAUUCUCAUCAAAAGAAGCAGCUGGUCAAGCUUAUGAUUUACUUAAUAAUUGGAAAUAUCAAGAUCGAACAAUAAAUGUUAAAUAUAUCCGUCUUAAUCGAUAUAAUGAACAUUUUCCUGACGCAAGAGAUGCUAGUCCAAAGAAAUAA